AAGAAAUCUUGUUUAUUCAGCAAUAUAUUUGUCCACCAAAGGAGGAAAGAAGAGGGACCAAAAUGCUUUCCCAAUUGGUAAAGGAGCAUCCUUACAUUUGUUGCUAUGUUGGUAUUAUCUUUCUGUUUUUAUCAUGUCUAAAAGCGUGGACACUUGGGUGCAAAAACAAGUCCUUUGUGGACAUUCCUCCGGGAAAUAGAGGAUUACCCUUUGUAGGAGAGACACUUCAGUUCAUGUCUGCCAUCAAUAGCAGCAAAGGAGUCUAUCAAUUUGUCCAACAUCGCCGCCUCCGGUAUGGAAAAUGCUUCAAGACGAAGUUGUUUGGGGAAACGCACGUAUUUAUUUCGAGCACGGAGUCAGCAAAAGCGAUUCUAAACAACGAGGGAGGGAGGUUCUCAAAGAAGUACAUAAAGUCAAUUGCGGAGCUUGUUGGGCGUGACAGCUUGCUUUGUGCUGCACACAAGCACCACAAACUCAUUCGUGGCACUCUCUUCACUUUGUUCUCUGCCGAUUCUCUCUCUUCCUUCGUUAAACUCUUCGACGCACUCGUUCUUCAAGCCACCACUGGCUGGACUUCUGGAUCUCUCCUCGUCAUUCAAGAUGAAACACUCAAGCUGGCUUGUAAAGCCAUGUGCAAGAUGCUCAUGAGCAUCGAGAGUGGCUACGAAUUAGACACGAUGCAAAAUGAGACUACACGUUUGUGUGAAGCGAUGCUAGCGCUGCCUGUGAGGUUACCCUGGACCCGAUUCUACAAAGGCCUUCAGGCUCGGAAAAGAAUAAUGGACAUGUUGGACAAGGUUAUUAGUGAAAGAAGAAGUGGAAUUGCAAGUCGCCGUGUAGAUUUUCUUCAACAACUUUUAGAUCACGAUGGAGUCCCAAGGCUAACAGACAGAGAGAUCAAAGAUAAUAUCUUAACUAUGAUAAUUGCAGGACAGGACACCAUAGCAAAUGCGAUGACAUGGAUGAUCAAAUUUGUGGAUGAGAAUCAGCAAGUUUUUAAUACGCUUAUGAAGGAACAACUUCAGAUUGAGAAGAAUGGAACAAGAAAUGCGUACCUUACACUAGAGACCCUCAAUGAGAUGCCAUAUGCUUCUAAGGUCGUAAAAGAAGCCUUAAGGAUGGCAUCCGUGGUACAGUGGUUGCCCAGAGUAGCACUUGAGGACUGUGUGAUUGAAGGAUAUAAAAUGAAGAAAGGGUGGAACAUUAACAUCGAUGCUAGAUCGAUACACCAUGAUCCAACCGUGUACAGUGAUCCGAAUGUGUUCAAUCCUUCAAGAUUUCCUGCAGAGUCAAAAGCAUACAGCUUCUUAGCUUUUGGGAUGGGAGGAAGGACGUGCCUUGGGAAGAACAUGGCUAAAGCCAUGAUGUUGGUGUUUCUGCACCGUUUCAUCACCAAUUACAAGUGGAAGGCAAUUGAUUCAGACUCAAGUAUUCAGAAAUGGGCCAUUUUUACAAAACUUAAGAGUGGAUAUCCUGUAUGUCUGAUAUCUACCAAGGAUGCCAAAAACAAAACUGUGUGACUACAUUUCCAAGCGAUUCCAAUGAGGACUUAUAUAUAUAGUGUCCUGAGAUAUAGCAAUUAUUAGUUUAUCUUAUUAUACACAUAUUUAGCAUGUAUAAAUCUAUCCCAUAAAAUGCAUAUAACGAAUAAUUUGCCUAAUUUAAGUGUAUUUUU